AAGUGCGUAUAAGUCGUAGAAUAUUUGCAGGCUGCACAAGCACUCUAACUGUUACAGAGAUGGAUCAAGAAUAUCUUGGAGAUAUUGCCCUGCUGACAAUAGUGACCUUGAUUAGCGUCAUCCAGAAUGUUUCCUUUGCAUUCAAAGUGGAAAAUGAAAGCAAGAACCAACAGUCCAAGAUAUUCCAGAGGACAGGUUGUCCGGCUUUUGAGAAAGUUUACACAGCAAACCAAAACUGCAUAGAUGCAUACCCUACGUUUCUUGCGGUGCUGUGGUGUGCCGGGAUAUUUUGCAGCCAAGGUCCAGCGGCCUUUGCUGGCCUCAUGUAUUUAUUUGUUCGCCAGAAAUAUUUUGUUGGAUAUCUCGGAGAGAAGACACAGAGCACACCUGGAUACAUCUUUGGAAAACGCAUCAUAUUCUUCUUGUUCUUUAUGUCCCUUGCUGGCGUCCUCAACUACUUCAUCACGCCGUUCUUUGGAGACAACCUGCAAAUGUACAUUAAAACCUUCAGUAGCACUCUCUCACCUCUGCUUCUCAUACCUUAACUGUUAGGCUGAAGCUACGACCCGGAGCAAUGAUAAAUUGUGUAUUAUAAAAGAAAUAAAAUACUUUUGUCAAAUAGCAUCCCUAUAGGAUUAGUGUUCUAGUUUAAUAUGCAUGUAAGAUGUUUUACACAGUAUUUA